CGCAUCUGCAUUGUCGGUAAGGUCCUAAAUGCUUUUCCGUCAUCUUGCAGUCGUCUGGAGUCUUGUUGCACAUCCCGUGUGCAAAAGGCAGUCACUUUCGAUGUCUACUAGUUCAACACACCCUGUGAUAUUACUCUCUACAGUCCCCAAUGAGGAGGUCGCAAAGAGCAUAAGCAGAGGUCUUGUGGAGCGAAAGCUCAUAGCAUGUGCAAAUAUCGUUCCAAAAGUGACUUCAGUUUAUUGGUGGGAUGGCGGUGUUCAAGAAGACAGUGAACUUCUAAUGAUUAUGAAGACUCAGGCAAGUCUGGUACCGCAGGUUACCGAGUAUGUGAAGGCAGAGCAUCCAUAUGAGAUACCUGAACUCAUAGCCACCAAGAUUGAGGGUGGCAAUGACGCAUACAUCCAGUGGAUUAGCCAAAAUACAAUUGGGCGAACGUAGUGUACUGGUUAAUCUUGCAUUGAACUCGGGUGCUUCAGGCUACGCCUCUCUGUCUUUUCACAUUCAUCUGCCCAAGCACCGCACAACCAUACUUCCCGAUAACGGUUAAUGACCAGCGGCACGGCACGUCGGGAGUGUCAGAGAAAGCCCUCUUCUUCAACCUCCUCCUGCAACUGCUUAACCGCCUCCGAUGCGGGCUUGUCGUGAAGCGAUAUUCCUUUGGCCCCUCCUGGCACCCGCAGCUCGCGUCCAAUGCGUGUAACCUAAAAUGGGAAAUUGGAUCAUGUUCAAGUAUAGUAUAGGUGAUCUUCCAACCAUACCUCAUUGUCCAAGAAUUGCACAGGCGUCUUCUUCAUAGCAGCUGACAGCGAAUCCUCAUCUCCCGUUUGCAUGGCUUCCAAUAUCCCUUGUGCUAUAACCCCCUCUUCAGCUUGAGCGAAGCCAUUUAUGCUAAACGAUAGUGAAUACCAAAUCUGUAUCGCAGUUUUUAAU